CUUUGUGCCGCGCAAGCGUGCGUAGUUCCUCAGUUCCUUCGCGUGUACCUACCAAGCAAAAAGCAAGAAGCAAAAAAAAAUUAAAUUAAAUAAUCAUCAUAAUAAUAAAACCGAUCUACAUUGUGAUUCCAUAUAUACACACACAGAUAAUCAUAUAUACAUAAGCCGUUGUGCUACGUGACCUUAAUUCAUUCGUCGCCUGACACCAGUCGCCAAUCGUUGUCGUCGCGUUAAUUCCAGUGAUUAGCAGCUGCAGCUACCAACAUUUUGUCGUAUUUCCCAUUGGGUGUUUGCCUUAAAGUGUGCCAUAAACUAAAAGGCAACGGCAGCAGCGGCAGCUGGAAAUACGGCCCACCCAAUACGCCUACAACAACAACAACAACAGCAGCAACAGCAACCACUGCGAAGCUAGCACACGGAGAAAUCACAACAACGCCAACAGCCAACGAGCAGCGAGCGUGUGACAGUUGACAAAAAAAAAAGAGGAGAAGAGGAAAAAACCAACUUAAAGAGGAAAAGAAAAGAAAAAGCAUUGCCACACAUACAGCAAAUAACUGUUAUCUGCCAUAGCAAUAGAGAUAGCGAUUACGCUUUGAGUACCGUUAACAGCGUCAAGCAUUGCGCUCAUUGCACACAGAGCAAAGCUCAAAGCUUUCCAAACACAACCCCACUCAGCGCAGCGCGAGCACUCACUGAGUGCAAGAGAUCGAGCACACACAAUCAACCAGAGCGAGCGAGAGCGACACUGUGAGUGUGUGUGAGUGCAAGACAAAGAGAGAGCGAUUGCAAGAGAGCAGACAGCAGCAGCAGAGAGUGAGUGUGUGUCGUCGGCAGCGACGCCAACUGAACGAAAAACUUCACCCACUGAUUGUGCGAGCACUGAGCGCGCGCGCGUCGCACGUAGGCAAAAAAAAGAGGAAAAAAAACAACGAAAAGAGGGGAAAAUAUAUCGUCUGUCAAAAUGUUUGCUGUAAUGCGAAUCGACAACGAUGACUGCCGGUCGGAUUUCCGUCGCAAGAUGCGUCCGAAGUGUGAGUUCAUUUGCAAGUAUUGCCAGCGGCGUUUCACCAAGCCCUACAAUCUGAUGAUACACGAGCGCACGCACAAAUCCCCAGAGAUAACAUAUUCCUGUGAGGUCUGUGGCAAGUACUUCAAGCAACGUGAUAAUCUGCGUCAGCACAGAUGUAGUCAGUGUGUUUGGCGAUAAGCUAAAAUAUCAUAAAUACAAUAUAUAUAAAUGAAAAAAAAAAA